UUCAGAUUACAUAUUGAAGAUGGAUAUUUGAUAUGUGCACUGACAUCAAUCUCAACCAUUUUGAUCCUGUAAACUCAAACAAUCAUUUUUGUCGACAUCAUGGCUGCCAAAACUCCCUCUGAUGAGCGCAAAGUGCUCAACGUGCAAACAUCUGGAAAGGUGGCUGGUUCCGCUCGUGCUAAUGGAACCGCUAAAGCAAACGCUGCCGAGCAAUCUGGUGAUGACUCGGAUGACGAUCCAGACCAACAUGUCACUGAAAUCACAGUUGCUGCCGGUGAGGGCGGUGACGCUAAGAAGCGAAAGAACAAGAAGAGAAAGAACAAGAAGAAGAAGAUUAUUGCGCAGACUGAGCCUCCAUCCAUUCUUGUGUCCAAACUAUUCCCAAACAACAACUACCCCAAGGGCGAAGAGGUCGAAUAUAAAAACGAGAACCUCUAUCGCACUACUGACGAAGAAAAGCGUCAUUUAGACAACCUUAAGAGCGACUUCCUCUCUGAUUAUCGCCAGGCGGCCGAGACGCAUCGUCAGGUCCGCCAAUGGGCACAGAGAAACAUCAAGCCAGGCCAGACCCUCACUGAGAUUGCCAACGGCAUCGAAGACAGCGUGAGGCGUCUGCUUGGACACGAUGGCUUGACUGAAGGCGACUCCCUUAUUGCCGGCAUGGGCUUCCCGACCGGGCUGAACAUUGAUGAGAUUGCUGCUCACUACAGCCCAAAUGCAGGCGACAAAGUCGUACUUCAGCAGAAUAAUGUCAUGAAAAUUGACAUUGGCGUCCAUGUGAAUGGUCGCAUCGUCGAUAGCGCCUUUACAAUGGCCUUCGACCCCAUGUAUGACAACCUCCUCGCAGCCGUCAAGGACGCCACGAACACUGGCGUCCGCGAGGCAGGUAUUGAUGUCCGCCUUGGAGAGCUCGGCGGAUACAUCCAAGAGGCCAUGGAGAGCUAUGAAUGCGAGAUCAACGGAACUACCUAUCCGAUCAAGUCGAUUCGCAACAUAGGCGGCCACAGUAUCUUACCAUAUCGCAUCCACGGCACCAAGAGCAUUCCCGCUGUAAAGUCGGACGACAUGACCAAAAUGGAAGAGGGUGACAUCUUUGCCAUUGAAACUUUCGGCAGUACUGGCAACGGCUGGGUUUACGAUCACGGCGACGUCUCGCACUAUGCCCUUCGUGCGGACGCGCCAAAGGCAGAACUUCGUCUGUCUUCAGCCAAAUCACUCUUGAAUGUGAUCAAGAAGAAUUUCGGCACCAUUCCGUUUGCCCGCCGCUAUUUGGAUCGAAUUGGGCAGGAGAAGUAUCUCCUCGGGCUCAACACGCUUGUGAAAUCUGGCAUUGUUGAAGAUUACCCGCCUUUGCUCGACAAGAAAGGGUCGUACACUGCCCAAUACGAGCAUACGAUUUUGCUCCGACCUACCGUGAAGGAGGUCAUUAGCCGUGGAGAUGACUACUGAUUGCAAUCGGGGUCUUGCGAUUCACGAUCCUGGUGGAAACAUCACGCGAUCGCAUUUGUCAAGCAGAGGCUUGAGAUACUUUUCUUCGUGACACUCGUUUUACGAUAUUGAUCCAUGCUUUCCAUUGAAGAUAAAAUGCGCGCUGACUUAUGAGAUCCUCAAAUGAUGCUAGUUUUAACUGGCAUCAUGUUGAGACCGUUCGCAAGCGCCGGGAAAAAAUACAAAAAAAGAUGAAACUUAUUCACAGAAGGACGGUGAUAUAUAUAAAUAGCAGACAGUCGUUACCUCAAUGAUAUCACCCAUUACAGUCCAAUUAUACCGCCCAAUUGCAACCAAUGCAUUUCAUCGUCGUCACGGCAGUAAAGUCUUCAAAGGAGUUGCGUUUUGCAUUUACAUCGAUAACUAUCUAAAUAUACAUCUACUAACAUAAAGAGUAACAAAAACAUUCCAUGUCUCUAUCGCUGUCUAUAUGAUACAUCCAAGAUAAGAAUACAGU